AUGGAGUCAGAGGAUGAUCAUGUUUAUAUUCCUCAAGUAAAGGCAGAGUUGAUGCCUAAAUUGCACCAAGAAUAUGCAAAAAAAGCAGGGUUUAGUAUCAGAAGUCAUUCUAGUGCAACCAACAAAGAUAAUACCCAACUUAUGAGGAAGGAGUAUGUCUGUUAUAAGCAAGGAACUUCCAAAGUUGAAGGAGAAAAACGUAAGAGAGGAUUACCAAAAGUGGGUUGUAAAGCAAGAAUUGCAGUUGUGAGAAAGAAGGAGUAUGGGAGAUAUGCAAUCUCUGUAUUUGUCGAGGGUUAUAACCACCCAUUAACAAGCCCACCUAGAGUACAUUUGUUGAGAUCUCACCGUCGUGUUUUAAAAGUUAACACAGUUCUAUCACAGCAACUAAGCUUGGUAAAUGUUCAGAAACAUACACAGUUUGAAUUCUUUGGUGUUCAGGCAGGUGGCAUUGAGAAUAUUGGUUGUACACAGCGUGAUCUGUAUAAUUAUGGAAGAACUUGUCGUGAAGCGAAGAAAGGGCAUGAUGGAGAUCUAUUGUACAUGCAUUUUCAGAAUGAGAAAGAAAAAGAUUCUUCUUUUGUCUAUACAAUAGAGUCAGAUGAGGAAAACAGAGUAACAAGGUGCUUUUGGGCUGACUCAAUUUCAAGACGAGCUUACAGCUUUUAUGGAGAUGUAGUUAUCUUUGAUACUACAUACAACACAAAUCGGUAUGGAAUGAUUUUUGCACCAUUCACUGGUGUUAAUAAUCAUGGGCAGACAAUCAUCUUUGCUUGUGCAUUCUUAAAUGAUGAGACAGCCGAUUCUUUUGUUUGGUUAUUCAAGGAACUUCUAAAUGCUAUGCCAGGAAAUGCACCAGAAAAUGCCCCCAAAAUGAUUAUUACUGACCAAGAUCCUGCUAUGACUAAAGCCAUUUCAGAAGCACUCCCACAAACAUUUCAUAGAUAUUGCAGUUGGCACAUUCUAAAUAAAUUUUCUGAGAAGCUAGAUGCGAUUAAAUAUCGGGAUUACUACCAAGACUUUCAUAGCUGCAUAUGGAAUUCAAGUAGUAGAGAGGAGUUUGACUCAAGAUGGAUUGAAAUUACUGAGAAGAGUGGGUUGAGUGAUAACAAGUGGUUGGAGUCAAUAUAUGAAAUUCGUUCGUCAUGGAUACCAGCACAUUUUAAGAGGGGACUUCUUCACCAACGCCAUUAUGAGUUAGAGGAGGAUCAUAUUAAUAUUGAUGAGAAGCCAAAAACUGUCAUGUCCCUUGACAUAGAAGAUCAUAUGGCUAAGGUUUAUACACGUAAGCUAUUUUAUGAAGUUCAAGAACAAUUGAAAGAGUGCUUCAAAUAUAAACUAGAACUUCUAAGAGAAAAUGUCACUCAUUGCGUGUUUAAGGUUAUGCGAAAGAACAUUGAUACUUGUAAAUCUCGUGAACUGACUUACGAAAAAGUUUCUGAUUUUGCAUCAUGCAGCUGUAGAAAGUUUGAGAGUGAAGGGCUUCCAUGUCGGCAUGUUUUGUCAUAUUUGAUUAAAAUCCAAGAUAUUGAUAAAUUGCCUAUUCAGUACAUAUUGAAGAGAUGGACUAAAGCUGCAAGACAGAGUCUUGUGUUAGAUUCUGAUGGAAUGGAGGUAAAAGAUAACAAAGCUUUACUUGCAAGGAGGACUAAACUAUUCCAGCAUGCUACAGAUGCAAUUGAUAAGGCAAUGGUGAGUGAUGAAGCUAGUCAGCUCUUUAUGGAAUGCUUGGAUGCUUUCUUGGAGAAUCUUAAAACAUUGAUUGGUAAUGAAAGUGGACAAAGUGCAGUAGUUUUGGAGACCAAGAUUGAUGCUAUUCAGCAUAUUUUUAAUGAACCAAAUCAAGUGAGGGCCAAAGGGUGUGGGAGAAGGUUGAAAAAAGGAAAAGAGAAGAGGAAAGUUAAGGUAAAGGAGAGUCAAGGUAGGCAAUGUCAUGGAUGUGGACUAUUUGGUCAGUCACAUGACAAAAGAAAUUGUCCAACACUUCAUGGAAAACCUGCUAUUAACAAAGAUGGGGAGUCAAGUUCCACUAGUAUGGAUGAGGAUGGUUGUUCAUCAACAGGUGAACUAUUCCCAAUCUUUCCCAGUAUAUAUGAUUGUUUAUCGGAGAUUUUCUCACAUUGGAAUUUACCUCUCAGAAAUGCUCUUGCCAUGGAGCUGGACAAUAUGGCUAACUUGUCAGACAAAUGCAAUUUCCAGAUUCCUAUGGAGGUUAUUAAGUUGAUCGACAAUGGAAAGAAUCCUGAUUUACUUACAAGGGAUCUCAUAAACAGCUGCAAUGCCAAAAAUCUGAUCACUAAAGGCAAAACUGAUACCUUCAAGAGUUUACGAGAGCAUCAACUGGAAGAACUUGACCAGGCAUUUCCUGAUGAAGUUGAAUCAUAUAGAGAAAUACGUGCUGCUGCUUCUGCUAUAAGUUGCAUUGCAUUGAUCACCCAAUCUAGACUUUGCGCCCAUCCUCGAAAUGUUACACGAGUGUUUUAG